UAAUACAAUACGAUCACCUUCUUUUUCUGUAUUCUUCUUAAAAUAGACAUUUGCUUCUUAAACCAACUUAUUUCUUUCUUGCCUCUAAAAUCUAUCUCUAAACUCUCUCUGUUUAUCUCUCACUCUUUCUCAACAUCCAUCCAUCUUUAUUACUACCAUGUCCAUGGAAACUCAGCAACAAGUUCGGCACGAAAAUCGUAAUAUUCGGGAUUCAGAAACAGAAGGAAAAGAGCUAGCAGAACAGGUAGUGCAGCAGCAAAGAGCAACACCAGGUGCAUCAGCAACGAAUUCACCAGCAUCUUCACCAUCACAUGAAUUUUCCUUCACAAUCUCAUUGCAUACCUCUGCAGCAACGACACCGAAAGCAUCAUCAUCGCCUUCGUUAGCAACGAAAUCGAAGAACCAACAGCAGGCACCAUUAGCAAUUGAUUUAUCUCCUGCUGAUGAAAUCUUCUUCCAUGGUCAUUUACUUCCUCUCCACUUCUUAUCCCACCUCCACGCCUCCUCUGCUCGCCCCUCGACUCAUUCGUUAGACGGGUUUUCCGGCCCAAUCAGAGACGCCUUUCAUGAAGAAAAGCCACUCACAAGCAGCACUACUGAUAACAGCAGCACCACCUGCAGCUGUACUGAAGACGACGACCAGUACAUCUCAUUCGACAAAGAUUACAGCGAAAUAGAAAUCAACAACAAUAUAAUUGGAAACGAUUUCAGAAGCAAAGAAAGAAGCAGAAGCAACAACAACAACAAGUUCAAAUCAUUCUCCCUCUUUGGAUUAUCAAAAUGGAAAAAACUGUCUGACAGUAAAGAAAAAACAGAACACCCAGAAAACUGCAGCAGACGAAAUAAACUGAAGUCUGAUGUAACUCAAUUUCUUAAGAGAUACAUCAAUAUGGUGAAACCACUGUUAUCUCCCAGAGGUGGGAGAAGGGAUAGUGUACGAGUACGAAGGCAAUCGUACUCGUUCUCGGGGACGGUUAGUCCCCGAGACAAUAGAGAGCUAAUGAGGGGAAGACGAGGAGAGUUUUCGGCUCCUGCGUCAAUGAGGACAUCACCUACUAACAGUGGACUUCUUUUGGCUACUGCAGGGGUGCCAUCACCUUCUAGUGAUAGCACCAUGGAAGAGUUGCAGGCUGCUAUUCAAUCUGCUAUUGCUCAUUGCAAGAAUUCCAUUUCAACUGAAGAUAAGAAAUCAUCACAAGAAAUUUCAUCAUCAAUUUCUGUAAAUUAAAUUAAAUUAAAAUUAGCAUUCAUUAUUAAUAUCAAUAUAAUCAUAAUUUUAUCUUCAUUUCUUGUUUUCAAAUAUAAUUCUUUAUUUUAGAUUGCAUUAGGCCCUAUUCUUUUGAGUUUGUGAGCAGUUUAAAGCAGAUUUCAGCAGAGUAGUAGACCAUAUUAACUCAAAAGUACAGAGCCUUGGUAUAUUAUACUCC